AUGCAGAUAGAUGCUCGGGACCACGCUCUCAGGGACUCUGUGAACCGUCGUGUCGAAGAGGCACGCCUUGAGGAGAAUUUAUCCGCGACCAGUGAUGCCCGGGGUAAUCUCGCCGCUGUCGAGGAGGACUACAGGUCCCUCCAGUUUGACUUGCACGCGGCCUUGGAGGCCCGUAAGAAGGCUGAGGAAGAGGCAGCUAGGGUGCAAAAGCAUGCCCAGUCCCUAGAAGCAGAGUUGUCUCACGCUCGAAAGGUUCUUAAAGAGUCUGACGAGAGGGCAGCUGCAGCAGAGGUUCGUUGUGAGGAGGUUCUGAAGCAGCUAUCCUCCAUAGUGGAUGCUUUGCGUGAGAGGGAUGAGGCCGUGAGCCAAAAGGAGGAGGUCCAGCGCCAGUAUGAGCAGCUGAAGGUAAAAUUUGAUGCUGUGUUGGCUCAAAAGGGUGAGGCCGUAGCUCGGGUGGUGGUCCUGAAGCAUGAGCUGAGUAAGCAAGCUGAUAGCAUUAAGAGCUUGACUUUGGCGACAGAGAAGUCCAAACUUCAGAAUCAGCAACUCUGCCAACAAGUCCAAACUCUGGAGAUGAGGUGCUCAGCCCUGCUUGACGAGGCCAAAUUAGCCGAGGAUAGGGUCCAACUUGAGGUCGAGAAGCGUCUGAGGGAGUAUAAGGAGUCCCCCGAGCUGAAGAAUGAGAUCCAGCAGGCCUGUGAAGCUCGUCUUCAGAAUUAUAAGGACUCUUCUGAGUUCAAAACUGAGGUGGCUGAGGCCUGCGAGAGGCGACUUGUGGAAUAUAAGGGUUCUAAAGUGAUGAAGAAGGCCAUAUGGAAUAAGGGCUUCCGUAUGUUCGUCUCGGGUUUUAAUCGAGGCUUAAGGGAGGCCAGGCAUAACCCGUCCACCCCAUUGACUGAACUUCGAGCUAAAGAGGAGGAUUCUGAUGGCGAAGAAGUGGUUUAUGGGGAGGACGACAGACCCUUGCCCAAAGGGGCUUCUCGUACUGCGGUUGGGCCUUCUGAGGCAAACACUGAGCUGGAUGCGGAAGAUGUGGAGGUCCUCGACCUCGAGGAGGACGACGCCGAGCCCCAGGACAAGGAUGCAGAGCUGGGAAAAGAAGGCGUUGGGCCUCAGGGGCAGGAAAUGGUGCCUUUUGUAGGUACUGGGGGGUCUGAACAAGAGGAUGGCAGUCCUCCCGUAGAUAGUAAUGUAAAUAGUGUAAAUGAUAAUGAUGUAAAUAUGGAUGAUAAUAUGCCUAGACAUGUAAGUCCUUUAAGGACAGUUUUUCCUUCAUCAGAGUAG